AUGGAACGCAUCACCGCAGACUGGUUACCCGAUGACGCCCCUUGGCGGAAGAUCAAGAAAGAUGCGUUGAUCAAGAAAUGUGCGAGACGGAAACUUCCCGUUGACGGUUCCCAGUCCGCCCUUCAGCAGCGACUAUUAAACUAUCAGCAAGCCAAUAUCACCGAGGUCAGACAAACUUCUUGGCGGGUCAACCCUUCGGGCCCCGACGAGACGGACUACAAACGUUCCGGAAAACAACCACUUCCUAUUCGAGGUGUUUACUACGUGAGCAACUCUCGCGGUGGCUUCACCAUGGUCUUUAUAUUCGGUCACCCUCGGCCCUUUGGCGGGUUUUCGAAUGUCCCUGUUUACUUCAACAAUAAACCUACUGCUCGUGUCAGGUACCCUGCCGCCUUGGCCCUCGAGAAGCAUUUUGAACGACCCCAGGUCUCGCCAGCCGUCGCCAUUCCCGAGCCCGUCCCCACCUCCGGCCUCGUUCCCGUCAGCAUCAAGGCAUCCCCCGGAUCGCACCGUUUGGUCACUGAUGCUAUUCAACCAUCGGUGGAGGCUGCAUCAUCCAACUCCAUGCAGCAAAGAACGGCCCCGCAGGAGCCGCAGAGCGCAGCACCACAAAGAUGCACAUCAACACCGCUCCCGGGGAACCCGGCACAAAUUUGGCUGGAGAGAUAG